CUAUUUUAUCUUACUUCAAGGAACGACUUUAUUCUCAUUUCCUCGGCCUUCAAAAUGAUUGAAUCAGAUCGCCGGCCGUGACACACUUUUCUGGGACUUCUUAGAGCAAAUUUCUGGAAAAUUUUGAUUUCUGCUAUGAAGACUGGUGAAGGACAUGCAAGCUGUUUUUAUCAGGCGAGUGAGAAUCUAGCUGAAGAGCAAACAGAAUAAGCAAACAAGGUCAGGAACCACCACUGUGAUGAAGGAAGAUCAGAUGUUUCCAGCAAAUUGUAUAGAGUCAGAAAGAUGCUCUUUUGGGUUUGCUCAAGAACCUCAAACUGAUGAAGUAAUGGCAUGUUCCAAUCCCCCAAGUUUCGUUGAAGUAAAUGGAAUCGCUAAUAACUUGAGGGCAGCUUCAGUUGGGAGGGAGUGCAUUUCGGGUAAUGCCAACAGGCCUCAGCAAUGUCGCCUGGACCCGACUUCACUCGGCAAUGUUUCUUCUGCAUAUUUAUCGCCUCUCGCAGAUGCGGCCUCAGCUGCAUCUACAAGUGCGGAAUCAGGGGAAAUUAACGGAUACCAUACCAAAUGUAGCGCUGCCAGACUCUUCCCCGAGCAUGUACAUUUAUCAGCUCAAGAAAAAAUAAGGAUUGAUGGCUUUUGCGCACCAAGAAUAAAUCAAAAUGUCAUUCGUCCUAAGAGUCCAUAUGAUUAUGACUUUAAUCAGCCUGCUGGGGCAAGGGGGACAUGUUCUCAGACAAGCAUCUCGGACUUUGCUCCAAUCACACCAGAAAAGGCCCCAAGAGGAGGAAUGAAAGAGGUUCCAGAAAUUGGAAAUUUAUCUGAGAAGAGAGAUGAACCACCAAAUGCACUGGUAGAUGUUAGAGUUGAUGUGGAUGGAGUUAAAUGCAGUAAAGACCUCCAAACGCCUGUUUCAGAGUCCUCCCUGACAACUACACAGAUCAAGGAAAAUCAGAAUCCUGAACAUGGAGGUAGCCAUCUUGCUGAAAUAGAAAUUACAACACCACAGCCAAAACAAAGGAAGAGAAAGCACAGGCCCAAAGUAAUUACUGAGGGCAAACCUAGAAAGCCUAGAACGCCUAGAACGCCAGCGACUCCAAAGGUUAGUGGUCCUGAAGAAAACCCCACCGGUAAGAGGAAAUAUGUACGAAAGAAUAAAGUAGAAGAAGACACAUCAAUCCUCCCAGGAGAAGCAAAUGCAGAGAAACCAACAGGGAAGAGGAAGUAUGUGCGAAGAAAAGGACUCAAUAAAGACUCCACGGUUCCCACACAGGAAGAAAGUGGAAAGGAGACUACUCAUCUGGAAACACUCGAUCAUGAUAAGAAAACGUGCAGAAGGGCCUUAGAUUUUGACACAGAAGGGCAAGAAAGAGAUGAAACCUCUGCAUGUAAGCCUGCCUGCGAAUUAACUUCUAGUCCAGCGACAAAAAACUUGUGGAAAGAAGGAAGUCAAUCGAAGUCCACGAUUCAGCUUUGUGGUAGAAUUGAACUGGCAGAAGAAACGACACAAACAGGCACUUCCUUUGAAAGAAACCAACCAGUAAAUCAAAUGCUGAAAGACCACUUAUCUUUGCCUGAAGGUCAAGCACCAAGCACACCACUUCCAGUCAAGAAUAAUCCAUCCCAUAGAAGACGAAGCAUUCAUCCCCAGAAACUCAAUAACGGGAAAGGAAAAGGUAAAGCCACUGCCCAUAAUGGACUAAAAAUUAACGAACAAAUUGCGGUGGAAUCUGAUGCUGAAUCACCAGCAAGAAGCCCAAUUGGCCCUAAGUGCAGCAGCAGCUUGCUAUUGGAGGGAGGACAAGCAAACAAGUCAGUGGCUACUCAACAACCAGACGCCACUGCCAUAAAUUCAUAUGGGAGUCAAUACAACAGUUUUUCUGCGUACCAGACGAUUCUAGGGAUGAAAUUUCCAGAAGUACACAGGAUAAAGAGAACAGGGAAAGGACAAAAUUUUGCCCCACCUAGUGUAUCAUCAUUUGUCACUGCUGCAAAGAGUCUUGCAGAUAAGGCUGAACUUAUGCACGGUAAGGUUUCAACAGAAUUUGAAGCAGGAAAAACCUUUUCUCUGAAUAAAUUGCAAACUUUUAAUUGCAUCAUGGCUCCAAAUCAAACAGAGAGUCCAAAGAAAAAGAGAAGUAGAGGAACCACUGGGACUCGAGAUUUAGCUUCGAUAAUUGCACAAAGUAUAAGGCACCAAGAAUGCCACAGCAGUCAGUCACCUGUUGAUUAUGGCAUACAAGAACUUAGAAACACAGGCAGACCCCAUGCAAGCACAGAAGCCCUUGUCACAGAAAUGCAACCAAAACUGGCAAAAACAAAGCAAACAAAGAAGAGAAAAGGCAGUGUAAAUUCAGCAUGCUCUAGCACAAGUGAAGCAAAAAUGCACAAGAAACUUGCCUUAUUAGGUUUCUCUCCAGAAGAUAUAUGGAAACAAUAUUUUUCUGUUGAUGCACUUCUUGAACGGUUCAACCAGUUGGACAUCAAUAGGGAAGGUAGUGCAACUGCAUAUCAAGAGAAGAAUGCACUUGUCCCUUAUGCAAUGAGAUUACAAGAGCAGAAUGCACUUGUCGUCUAUAGAGAUGGAACCAUUGUACCAUUUGGCCCUACUAGAAAAAGACGUCCACGUCCUAAGGUCGACCUGGAUGAAGAAACAAAUAGAGUUUGGAAGCUUCUCUUAGAAAAUAUCAAUAGUGAAGGUAUUGAUGGAACUGAUGAAGAGAAGGCAGAAUGGUGGGAGGAAGAAAGGAGAGUAUUCAGUGGACGUGCAGACUCAUUUAUUGCACGCAUGCACCUUGUACAAGGGGAUAGACGCUUCUCUCCAUGGAAAGGAUCAGUCCUGACCUCUGUCGUUGGAGUAUUUCUUACCCAGAAUGUCUCUGACCAUCUUUCUAGUUCUGCAUUUAUGUCUCUUGCCGCUCGUUUUCCUCUCAAAUCAAAAAGUAAGGACAAGUUCUAUCGUGAAGAGGGACCAAGCUUAGUAAAUGGAGCAGAGUUCUAUGUUUUGGAGCCUGAAGACAGUACGGCAAUUCAACGAGUUGGUGACCAAAGUUCGAUGACCGUUGAUGGGUAUCAAGACUCUGAAGAAAAAGAGGUUGUCAACAGCAAGGAAUUGUCUGGAAGUAGUACUGCUACUGUAAGCUCAAUAAAUGAUCCAAAUUGCAAGCUGUGGAACUAUUCUGGAAGUGGAUUGAGUACAUAUUGCGACUCCAAUUUAAACAGAAUGAACAUGGAAACUAUCAGGGGGAAAAGUGAAUGUUACAAAAGAGACGAGGAGACAAAUGAUGUCCUCUCAUCUCAAAAUUCUGUUAUUUCAUCUGAAAACUCUGUCGACUUUUCAUUGGUUCAAACUGCUGAAAGAACAGGAUCAUGCUCAGAGAGCAACUCAGAAGGGGGUGAUCAUACUAAGCAGCCAAUGUUUGACAUCUUGCAUAGCUCUACUUCUUUUGUACAGCUUUUAGAGAUGGUUGGAUUUGCCAGGUUGCCUGAAGUUUACAGUCAUCAAAACAUGUCUACUCAUGAAAUCUCAAAGGUCAAAACAAGCCAAUUCCAGAAUCUCCAGAGAGAAACCUGUGACAACUCCGAAGGUCCUAAAAGCUUCAAUGGGGAAGACCUUAUGAAGUCAGCUAAUUAUCAUACAUAUCAUAUUCUAAAUUCAGAAGUAAGAGAAAUUGGACGCUUUGAGACAUUCAAAGAAGAAACAGGAUGUGAGGCUUCUAAAACAAAAGAUGAGAACAUGAUAGAAAGACAAAGUCCCUUAACAGAAGAAUCUGCAUGUCAAAGAAUGGAUCAAAAUGACAAAACCAUGUGUGCGCAGGUGGUCCGACAAUCUUCCCUUGAAAAUAAUCAAUCAAGAAACAACAUUCAAGCAGAUGAGAUGGGAGUUUUCAACAGUCUAAAGGGACCGCUUCAAGAAACUAUAGAUCUUGUUGAACCUGAUGCACAAAACAAAGAAAAGUUGAGGCAUGUAAAUGUGUCAAAACAUUCAGAAGAAACCUUAGAUAUUACAGAAAGCACUACUGCAUUUGAUAGUCAAAGUACCCCACAACAGAAAAUGCAAGAGUCAAACUUGCAUACACAUGGCUCUUCAUCUAAUAAGGCGCUCAAUACGAUGGUUGGGGGCUUAAAAUCAGAAGGCAGAAAGGUCAAGAAAGUGAAAAAGGAGGAUUUUGACUGGGAUAGCUUAAGAAAACAGGCAGAACCAAAUGGAAGAAAAAGAGAGAAAACAGAGAAAACAAUGGACUCACUAGACUGGGAAGCAGUGAGAUGUGCAGAAGUUAAUGAGAUUGCUGAGACAAUUAAGGAGCGAGGGAUGAAUAAUGUGCUUGCUCAGAGAAUAAAGGAUUUCCUAAACCGACUGGUUAGAGAUCAUGGAAGCAUUGACCUGGAGUGGUUGAGGGAUGUUCCGCUAGACAAAGCAAAAGAAUACCUGCUAAGUAUAAGAGGACUUGGGCUAAAAAGUGUAGAGUGUGUACGACUUUUGACGCUUCACCAUCUCGCUUUUCCAGUUGACACAAAUGUUGGACGCAUAGCAGUAAGAUUGGGAUGGGUGCCCCUUCAACCUCUGCCAGAGUCCCUUCAAUUGCAUCUCCUAGAGCUGUAUCCUAUCCUGGAAUCCAUCCAAAAAUAUCUAUGGCCUCGACUAUGCAAGCUGGAUCAAAGAACAUUGUAUGAGCUACAUUAUCAGAUGAUCACAUUUGGAAAGGUUUUCUGUACAAAAGGGAAACCAAACUGCAAUGCAUGUCCAAUGAGAGGAGAAUGCAGACAUUUUGCCAGUGCAUUUGCAAGUGCAAGGCUUGCUCUGCCAGGGCCUGAGGAGAAAAGCAUUGUCAGUGCUACCGAAAACAGAACAUCUGAUCAAAAUCAUGCUGUGAUCGUUGAUCAACUGGCUCUGCCCUUACCGCAGCCAAAUGAACUAGCUCAUACGAACUGUCCACCUGAAGCAAAUGGACAAUUACAACCAGUAUCCGGGGUCAAUAAAUGCAACCCUAUCAUUGAAGAGCCAGUUAGUCCAGAACCUGAGUGCACACAAGUAGCAGAAAAUGAUAUCGAGGACAUGUUCUCUGAAGACCCUGAUGAAAUUCCUACAAUCAAGCUGAACAUGGAAGAGUUCUCCCAAACUUUACAGAAUUAUAUGCAAAAUAACAUGGAACUUCAGGAAGGGGACAUGUCAAAGGCUUUAGUUGCUUUAACAGCCGAAGCUGCAUCUAUUCCUACGCCCAGACUUAAGAAUGUCAACCGGCUAAGAACAGAGCAUCAAGUCUACGAACUUCCAGAUUCACACCCUCUUGUAAACGAGUUGGAUAAACGAGAACCUGAUGACCCAUGCAAGUACCUUCUUGCGAUCUGGACUCCAGGUGAAACGGCAAACACCAUUCAAAUGCCCGAAAGAAGGUGCAAUUCCCAAGAGGAUGGCAAAUUGUGUGACGAGGAGACAUGUUUCUCUUGCAACAGUAUUCGGGAAGCACAAUCUCAGAUUGUCCGGGGAACAUUUUUGAUACCAUGUCGAACAGCAAUCAGAGGGAGCUUUCCCCUAAAUGGCACAUAUUUCCAAGUAAAUGAGGUAUUUGCCGACCAUGAAUCUAGUCUGAACCCGAUUGCCGUUCCAAGACAAUGGCUAUGGAACCUGCCGAGGAGAAUGGUCUACUUUGGGACCUCCAUACCUUCAAUAUUUAAAGGCUUAACAACAGAGGGAAUUCAACACUGCUUCUGGAAAGGGUAUGUUUGUGUACGGGGAUUCGACCAGAAAUCACGAGCACCCCGUCCUCUAAUGGCUAGAUUGCAUUUCCCAGCCAGCAGAAUGGUCAAAGGAAAAGUUAAGGGUGCUGGAGAAGAUGAGUAAAAUGAUAGGACAGUCAUAAGAUCCAAACAAGUCAACAUUGACAGAAUAACCAUGUAUGAAGAAAUGGAAUUACAUUUUACAACACUCACUUUGGUGGCUUGUAGGGAAAUCUGAAAUUUCUUGUGUAACCUAUAAUGAAAAGGUACGUAGGGAUGUAUACUGUUUAAAAAGGGUGUAAUUAUUUAGUUUCAUGCCCAAAUUUUGAGAUUUUUUUUUCUUUCUUACAGAAAUCAGCUUUAGAAAAUUGAGGUAUAUGCUAAUUGAUAAAACAUUUCUACAGUGAACAAGAA